AUGAAGUCCAGACUUUGGCUUCUCAUAUUUGUAACCUGUCUAAUCACAUAUUUUGCCGAAUUUCCCCUCAAUGUUUCGGCCUUGGACGAAGCAAACCCACCAAGUGAAAAACAAGAAUUUUUGGUACAAGAUGAAACCAAUUUUGGAUCAGACGGCAAAGUAGACACGAGUGAACAACCAGAAGAGAAAGAAACAUUCGAAUUCCAGACGGAAGUUAGUCGUCUUAUGAACAUCAUCAUCAACUCGUUGUACAAGACACGUGAAAUAUUUCUCAGAGAACUCAUUUCAAAUG